GUUGCAUUUAAAGCCAAAACUCAGCGUUUUUGCUUUUAUAAAAGUGUCAGGACUUAGAAUAUCAAACCUGAUGGAAUAUUUUGCUUUUUUAUGUCGCCGUUAGUCCAUUGGAUUUCUUCCCCUUUACUUAAUGAUAGAGGUAAAUGAGUAUGAACUUAAAAUGACAAACUUAAGCUGUUCAGAGGAAUUUCCAACCUUCUCACUGAUAGUUCUCACCUGUUUAAAUAGCAUAUCUGGCCACAUAACAGUUUGUGGCAACCUUCUGGUACUAAUGGCUAUCUUCCGGACGCCUUCUCUUCGCGAGGCGUCUUACGUGUUCAUUGGCUCGUUGGCCGCCGCAGAUCUAACUAUUGGACUGGUAAUGACUCCCACAUACGCUGCGAUCGUUGGUCAAAGCAUCACUGAUGCCGGCCAUCCUUUGAACGUGGCGGAACAUUAUCUCUGGAUCCACACUGUGAUAACAACUACCUUUAACCUGGCAGGCAUAAGUGUCGAGAAAUAUAUCGCUGUAAUUCAUCCUUUACACUACCCACUGGUAGUGACCACUCGUCGAACCAUUGUUGCUGUCAUUGCAAUUUGGUGCCUGUCGGUGCUGUUUAUGUGUGCGCAAGCUUUUAUCAAUAAGUCACACGAUAUCGAGACCUACUGGAUCGCACAUUUUGCCAUUGCAAUAGCAAUUCCUCUAGCCAUUAAUUCAUUUGUUUAUUCGAUUCGAAUGCGAGAUUUUCGCACUGCAAUAAGAAGAAUGUGUAGCUCAUCUAACUACAGCAAUGACAUUAAAAUUGUGCACGUUAUUGCACGAUAA